GUUUGCGACGUUUAGCGACUGUGGCGCCUGCGCGCGCUGGGCCGGCGGGGCUGGGGCCGUGGCGGCUCGUGCCGGGUGAUGCUAGGCGUAUCCCUGGGCUCCAGGCUGUUGCGGGGCGUGGGUGGCAGGCACGGGCAGUUCGGGGCGCGAGGUGUUAGCGAAGGUGGCGCAGCCAUGGCGGCAGGGGAGAGCAUGGCUCAGCGGAUGGUCUGGGUGGACCUGGAGAUGACAGGAUUGGAUAUUGAGAAGGAUCAGAUUAUUGAGAUGGCCUGUCUGAUAACUGACUCUGAUCUUAACAUUUUGGCUGAAGGUCCCAACCUGAUUAUCAAACAGCCGGAUGAGUUGCUGGACAGCAUGUCAGAUUGGUGCAAGGAGCAUCAUGGGAAGAUAGUCUUCUAUAGUAAUGGUUCAAGAAACCAGAGAGUUCCAGAGUUCCAGAGAAACCAGCUGAGACCAUCCUUGCCUUCCACCCACCCUGAUUUGGAGUACACGUCUCACUUUUGUGUAUCAGUGAAAUGGCUUGGAACUUGAUCAGAGAAACACAGACGAACUCAGCAAAAAUUCCCCCCAUAUUUUUAUUAUGGAAACAAUUCCAAAUGCACAGAAAAGUUGGAUUUGGUCAUCGUUAACCUUUGUCACGUUGGUUUCCCCUCUAUUUUUCUUGCUGCUUUUGGACAUUUGAAAAUAAACUGCAGGCUUUGUGAUACUUCCUUCCUAAAGUCCCCCUCAAGCAGCUCCUAAGAGUCAGGACGUUUUCUUAUGUAACACAGUAUUACUGUUGCAUUGGAAAUCAUUAACAUCAUUUAAGAAUAUUCAUGGUAUCUUGCCCACAUUUGAAAUACCCUAAAGUGUCUGUUUUGAACCCAGAUUUAGUCACUGCUCAUAUAUAUUUUAUUUGGUUAUUUCCUCUCUAGUUGGUUAGUCUAAAAUCAUUUACCUAUCUCUCCCCACCCCUGCUCCAUCCCUGAGACAUUGACUUUAAAGAGACCAGGUCUAUUACGCUAAGAUUUUUAAAGGGUUGACAUUGUCAGAGGGAAGGUAAUGUUCUGUGAGGGUGUGUUUGCAUUUGUGUAUGUAAAUUGGUAUGGUAACUUAACACUUUCAAUAUAAAGAAAUUAUAUAUAAGAGCAUAUAUUGUAUAAAUGGUUUUUUUUUUCUUAGCCGAUGCGGCUGAUGUCCAUUUUAGAGUUCUCAUUUAAAAUCCAGUGUUUAUAAUAUAAAUUAUUGUAUGGAAACAUGAAUAUGGAUAUGAUUUGUCAAAAACAUUGGAAUGUAAAAUAAAGGUUUAUCUACUAUAUGAUUCAGUUAAA